CAAUCCUUCCGCAUUUCAAGCUAAAACCUCAGAUCGAUCCCGACAAGGCACGCGAAUCUCGCUCUCUCAGACCCGUCUCCAUGGCCGCAGGUUUGAACGACCGGCGGUCGGUGCUUGCCUUAGCCACCGCCGUCAUCCUCGGCGGCUUCCAUUUCGCGGUUGCUUACCAGCGGCCGCCGGCGAAGGCGUCCAUUUUCGUACCGCCGUCGGAAGAUCAAGACUCUUCGUCUCCACAACAGGUGCAUAUAUCAAUGGUGGGCAAUGACAAAAUGAGGAUAUCGUGGAUUACGGAAGAUUCAGGCACGCCGGCAACGGUAGAAUACGGCACAUCUCCGGGAAACUACCAGUUUUCAGCAGAUGGGGAAACCACAAGCUAUACCUACUUGCUAUACAAGUCCGGCGAAAUUCACGACGUCGUCAUCGGCCCGCUGAAUUCAAACACCGUCUACUACUACCGUUGCGGCGGCUCCGGUGGUUCAGCCCCCGAAUAUAGCUUCAAAACACCUCCACCUGGGUUCCCUAUCAAAUUCGCCAUCGUAGGUGAUCUAGGACAGACGGACUGGACCAAAACAACCCUGGAGCACAUCGGAAAAUCGAACUACGAUAUGUUGCUGCUCCCGGGGGACUUGUCGUACGCCGACACUUACCAGCCACUGUGGGACUCGUACGGCCGGCUAGUGGAGGGGGAAGCGCGGCGGCGGCCGUGGAUGGUGACGCAGGGCAACCACGAGACCGAAUCUAUCCCGGUGCUCCACCCUAAGCGCUUCACAGCCUACAACGCAAGAUGGCGCAUGCCGUACGAGGAGAGCGGAUCGGACUCCAACCUCUUCUACUCCUUCGAUGUCGCCGGAGUUCAUGUCGUGAUGUUGGGAUCCUACACCGAUUUCGAGGCCGGAACGGCGCAGUUCCGGUGGCUCCAGGCGGACCUGGGGAAAGUUGACAGAGCGAAGACUCCAUGGCUGAUUGUGCUUGUGCAUGCGCCUUGGUACAACUCCAACACCGCUCAUCAAGGAGAGUACGAAGCCGACGGCAUGAAGGCCGCCAUGGAAGAGUUGCUCUUUCGAGCUAAAACCGAUAUCGUCUUCGCCGGCCAUGUUCAUGCCUACGAGCGAUUCACUCGAGUUUACAAAGAAGAAGCUAACGAUAGUGGCCCAUUGUAUAUCACAAUUGGGGAUGGCGGCAAUCGUGAAGGCCUUGCCACCAAGUAUAUAGAUCCACAGCCAAAGAUAUCAUUGUUUAGGGAAGCAAGUUUUGGGCAUGGAGAGCUAGAGGUGGUGAAUGGAAGCCAUGCAAGGUGGACAUGGAACAGAAAUGAGGAUGAUGUAGGAGUUGUAGCUGAUAGUAUAUGGAUAAGGAGCUUCUCCUCUCAACAUUAAUCUUGUAUACAGAUUUUACUUAGUAAUUGUUCUGCAUUACUAAUCCUACUUUUCUUUCCAUAUAUAUACCUUUAUAGACAAUGCUUUUGGGUGGGAUAAUACAAUUAAC